AUGGACCCGCAACAGCUCGAGGCGCUUUUUGCCGAUACUUUGCAGGCGUCGCUGGCGGUGCGCCAAAAGGCAGAAGAAAACUUGAAGUACAUUCUGAAAAACCCCGGUUUUCUCGGAGCCUGUCUUGAUGUGAUCGGAUCCGCCUCCAAUGCCGGUUUACGCCAGGCAGCGGCGGUUUACUUUAAGAACCAGGUGGUGCGUUACUGGAACCAUCCAACGAGCCGUAUCGACGACGGCGAAAAACCCGUCAUCAAGGACAGAAUCAUCCCCACCAUGCACAAGAUCGACCACCAGCUGAGGCAGCAAUUGGUGCCUGUUUUGCGUGUUUUGGUGAGUUUCGAGUUUCCAGCGGCCUGGCCCGAGCUUCUUCCCCAGACGGCCGAGGCCUUGCAGCGGCACGACUCGCCGGUGUCGCUUUACGUGGGAGUCUUGUGUUUUUCAGAAAUCACAAGAUACUACCGCUGGAUCUCCAACAAGGAGCGGGAGCAGGACUUGGACCCCAUGAUCGUGCAGGCGUUCCCACACUUGCUUGACGUGGGAAACGCUCUUUUGGCGCUGGAGCUCACGGAAGAGUAUGCCGAAAUCUUGAAGCUCAUUCUCAAGACGUACAAGUUCGUCACCUACUACGAUCUUCCCAAGGUGCUUCAGACCCAGGAGACGCUUGCGUCGUGGGGCCAGUUCCACUGUGACGUGAUCAAAAUGGCCACUCCUGAGUAUGUGAAAAACGCCAAUCUGGAAAGAGAACGCAACCAGUUGGAGGUGUCCAAGUGCUACAAAUGGUCCAUUGCCAAUAUGGAGCGUCUUUUCCGCCGCUACGGCCUGCGUGACUUGCUGUCGAAAAUGAAGUACGACGGGUUCCGGACACUUUUUGUCUCGGAGUUUGUGCCUCACCUCAUGUCCAUCUAUUUAUCGCUCGUGGAGCAGUGGUGUUCAGGCGCCCGCUGGCUUCCUGGCACCGCCUUAUACCAUUUGUUGGAGUUUUUGAGUCACAGUGUGACACAGAAGGAAUCUUGGAGCUUGGUCAAGCCGUACUUCGAGACCAUUGUGUCUCAUCUCAUAUACCCACUUUUGUGUCCUUCCGACGAGACCCUUGAAUUGUUUGAGGAGGACCCCAACGACUACAUCAACCUGAAGCUCGACGCUUUCGACGAGGUGGCUCCCGAUAUCGCCGCUUUGGGCUUGUUGGCGACUUUGGUCAGCAAACGCAGAAAGCUGACUUUGGAGCCGGUGUUGCAGUUUGUCUACAGAGAGCUUUCUUCUUUGCAGGAGCAGCAGGAGACCGUGGAGGUGGCCAAGAAGAAGGAGGGUGCUUUGCGUCUCAUAGGAGGCGUUUCCCACUACUUGACGACGCCAAAACUGCCUUACCACACCCAGAUGGAGAGUUUCUUGAAGGGCUUGGUCUUGCCCAACAUAACGUCGCAGCACGAAUUUCUCCAGGCCCGUACGCUUGAUGUUUUUUCGAAGUUUGCCGAUCUCAACUUCACAGAUGCUGAAAUGUUGCUGGCGUUGUUCCAUGGAAUCCUCAAACCUUUCAGUUCUGAUGCAGGCGAUGUCAACUUGGCUGUGAUGUUGGAGAGUGCUCUUGCCAUCCAGGCGUACAUGUACAUUCCAAAGUUCCGGAACGUGCUUUCUCAGUUGAUUCUUCCCACCAUGUCCAAGUUGCUUGAGCUCACGAAGGAAAUCGACAACGAUGCGAUUUCUAUGGUGAUGCAAGAGUGUGUUGAGAACUUUAGCGAACAGCUCCAGCCAUUUGGCGUGGAGUUGAUGCAGAAUUUGGUCAACCAGUUCAUGCGGUUGGCAGUGGAGGUGAACGACGCUGCUAAUGUCGAUGUGGAUGAAUUUGACGGUGACUAUAUGGACUCUUCAGACAAGAUCAUGGCGGCCAUCGGGCUUUUGAACACAAUGAUCACAGUGCUUUUGUCGUUUGAAAACUCUAAGGAAAUCUGCAUUCGUCUUGAGGAAACCUUCCUGCCUGUCAUUGAGUACGUUCUUGCAAACAACUUGGACGACUUCCUUGCGGAGAUUGGCGAGUUGAUUGAAAACUCCAUCUUCCUUUUGCGCUCUGUGAGCCCGGUCAUGUGGAACCACUUUGGCCUUUUGGUCAAGUCUUUUGACGAGGGUAUUGCCCUCAUGUACACCGAGGAGUUGUUCCAGUGUUUGCGCAACUACAUGGUUUUUGGUCCCCAGGACAUUGCUGAAAACCCCGAGAUUGCUGGCCAUUUGCUCAACAUCAUCUCCAUCAUCAUCCUGGGUGAAGAGGAUAUGAGCUACAACGACAUUGUUCUUGCCCUUGAUUUGGCUCAGACAUUUGUGCUUUCAUUGCAAGGUAACUCUAUCGGCUACCUUCCCAAAUUGUUUGAAACUGUCUUCCCAGUUAUUGUCAAGGAGAAGCACGACCCCAAACACAUCAAGAACAAUGCCAUGACGGUGGGUAAGGUCGAUUUCAUUGUUUCGUGCUUGAUCUACGACUCCUCGUCUACUCUUGCUGCUUUACAGCAAAGUCAGUAUCUCAACAUCUUCAUGGAGCUCUGGUUUGCUCUCAUUCCGAUGUUGAAGAGAGUCUACGAUAUCAAGGCGUCCAUCCUUGGCUUGAUCUCGUUAUCGAACAAUAACGAAGCCAUUCUGAGCAUUCCAAAUCUAGCUCCACACAUUGGCUCCAGUUUGGCUACUUUGUACAAAGCCUUGCCGGGUGCCAUCAAGGCAUUUGAAACAAAGAGAGUCAAUUUCAGCGAACAACCCGAAGAUGUUCAGGAGUUGUACGAUAGACAUUACGGCAAUGUGGAGGAGGAGUUCGAGGACUUGGACGAUGAGGAGAAUGUUCCAGGAGCCAACGACGCUUCCACUGACGAGUAUCUUAAUUUCUUGCAACAGGAAAACAACAAGUUGACUCAAUCUGGUUUUGCUGAAGAGGACGAGCCUGCUUACGAGGAUCCUUUGGCUACUACGCCAUUGGACUCUUUGAAUCCGUUUGAUUCCUUGAAGGAGUUUUACUCGUCUCUCCAAUCCCAAAAUCCUCAGUUGCAUAGCAUGAUCUUCGAUGGACUUUCUGAUUCGAACAAGCAAGUCAUCGUUGAUGUUUUACAAACGGUCAAGUGA